AUGAAUAAAUUCUUAACAAUUUUUUGUUUUGUGACUUUGGCUGCUACUGUCAUAGCUACAGAUUAUUGUAGCAAAAAAAUUUGCAAUAAAGGCGACACCCAUAUAGCCUGUGAUAACGAUGGAGAAUUCCAUUCAAAUUGUCCCGACGAUGCCGAAAAGCGUGAAAUAAGCGAAACGCUAAAAAAGCUAAUUGUCGAUGAACACAAUGAGAAACGCAACAUUAUUGCUGGUGGUGGUGAAAAACAUCUUAAGGCCGCUUGUCGCAUGGCCACCAUGGAAUGGGAUGAUGAAUUGGCUUCUUUGGCUGAAUAUAAUGUUUUACAAUGUAAAAUGAAACAUGAUAAAUGUCACAAUACCGAUGAAUUCAAAUAUUCCGGACAAAAUCUUGCCUCAUUGGGUUUCACGAAAAGUCCUAAUGACACUGCUUUGAUUGAAAAAUCUAUACGAUUAUGGUAUGAGGAGAAAAGUGAUGUCAAACAAUCCUUUAUUGAUAAAUAUCCUAAGGGUUAUAAGGGACCACAAAUUGGUCAUUUCACUGUUAUGAUGGCUGAUCGUAAUAUACGUGUGGGUUGUGCUGCUGCAACUUAUUCUGCUUCUGGCAAAAGUAAAGCCUAUUUAUUAGCUUGUAAUUAUGCCACUACCAAUAUGGUUAAUUAUGCCAUCUAUAAAAGCUGCGAUAAGCCUGCUGCUGAUUGUAAAUCUGGCACUAAUUCUUCCUAUGAAAAUUUGUGUUCCUCUUCGGAAUCAUAUAAUGUUAAUAAAUUUCCUUAG